AUGAAGGGGAAAUCACUUUUCCACAGUUUCCUUUUUAUUAUUCUUCAUCCAUCCACAGCUUUUCUAAAGAUAAGGAGAAAUGAAGAAAAAAUCUUUCUAUGGAAUCCGACACAUGCCACACGGCAUAACCGAAGUUCAAACGGCAAAUGUGCUUUCCAUCGUGCUUCAAAAGCAAUCGACUUGAGCCCACAAGUUGAUUUUCCUGUCUCUCAAUAG